CGAAUAUUACAGUUAAUAGCAGCAGACCUCUGGGUUGAGUUAAUGGGUGUGGCACCUUAAUGUGUUAUAAAAAACCCUCGCUGUCAACACAGCAGGCGUUUUUCUCUUGUAAAUCGUAAGUGGAAAAAGACCAAAAUGAGUUUGACUGCCAAAGACAAGGCAGUGGUGAAGGCUAUCUGGGGUAAAAUUGGCGGAAAAGCUGACGCUAUUGGCCAUGAAGCUCUAGCAAGGAUGCUCGUCGUCUACCCCCAGACCAAAACCUACUUCUCCCACUGGUCUGACCUCUCUCCCGAUUCCGAUGAAGCAAAGAAACAUGGCAAAAACGUGAUGGGAGCGAUCACUGGAGCUGUGGAAAAUAUGGAUGAUCUGGUUGGUGAACUGAGUGGCUUAAGCGAGCUUCAUGCUUUCAAACUGCGCAUGGACCCCGUCAAUUACAAGAUUUUGUCUCACAAUAUCCUGGUGACUCUUGCCGUCAAUUUCCCAGAUGAUUUCACUCCUGAGGUGCACGUUGCUGUGGAUAAGUUCCUCGCAGCCGUGAAUUCAGCAAUUGCUGAAAAAUACAGAUAAAGACAACGAGAUCGCAUCAUUUACAGAACUGCCUUUGACCGUCUGAAAAAUGCAAAAUAAAUAAAGCAUGUUUAAAUAUG